AUGUUUACGCCAAAACCGCAACUGACAUCCGAGCAAUCUCUCGACGCCCCCAGCCCUCCCGUGGUCACCAUUCCUCGUGAGAUUCGACGUUCCAUCAAGGUCAACGAGUUCUAUAGCAAAGCCUUGGACGAACACGGACCAGUCAUCGUUGUACCUAGACACGGCCGCAAUGAAUAUGUCAUUGAUCAUCGAUACGCCCAUCAGGUUCUCACCGACACCACUAAUUUCACCUUUGAGAAGGCCGUUUUCGAAUUGCUGCACCUCGGCUUCCUGGCGCUCUUCGACAAUGGUGCUUUCGUUCACGAUGUCGACAAUCUGGUGGAGAUGAAUGUCCAACCACGCAUGAAUGCCAUGAUCGACCAGUUGUUCCCCGUCUUUAGGGAUUAUUUUCAACGUUUGGCGGACGAGCUACCAGCUAACAGCAAGACAUAUACCGAGUUUCCAGACAUCUUCCAUAGCAUACAGCUUGCCGUUGGCCAUGCCAUGGUCGUCAUGAUUCUAGGACAAGAACAUGCUUCCUCGGUCGUCGCAGCUCACUUUGCUGCGGUAGCUGUUGCAAUGGCCAACAUGACGGGCAUGCACGAGAAUACGGACGAAUGGAUCCGGCUGCCGUGGUUAUGGGUCAUCAUCAAUGGAUUUUCAGCCGUAUUCUUCACCAUCAUCCCGAGAUUCUUCUUCCAGGUGGUGCCCAUACUGUGGAAAGCACGGCAUGAGCAUCUUCAAAACGGCCUGGCAAAGCGUCACGGCGAAUUUGUUCCCCUCUUUGAUAUUCUGCUUACCAAACACUACCAUGGGAAGACCGGUCUAUCAGCACUUGCGGGGUUUUUUCGCUGUCUCAUCCUGUGUGUGGGCGUUAUUUUCGCUUCCAUCCACCAGACUGUGGUUGCUGGCUCAUGGAUCCUGGUCAAGCUGGCGCAGAAGCAGGAUGAGUACCUGCCUGCCAUCCGCCAAGAAUGGGAGUCAGUCAAUCCGUCAGGCGAGAACCUCAAUGUCAAGAAGCUUAGCCAGCUUACGCUGCUCGACUCCUUCAUCCGUGAGGUCCUGCGCACCAAAGGUGACACCUGGGGUCCGGUUCGACAGACAACACAACCAGUCCGUGUCGGUCCCUACUUGCUGCCGAAGAAUGCCAUGUGCAUUGUUCUUAUCUCUCGUGCACAUCAGCAUCCGGAUAAUUACGGCGAUUCAGGUACUGUCUUCGAUGGCUUCCAGUGGCAGAAAAAAGAGCGAGCCGCGGUGCAAGGCAAUCCCGAAUUUCUGACCUUUGGACUGGGCCGGUGGGCCUGCCCUGGCCGCCAGCUGGCUAUUCACGAGAUCAAAAUUGUGAUCUACAUGUUCUUCUCACUGUUCGACAUCAAACUCAAGGCCAACACUUUCCAUAUUCGAAACACUAUCAAUACUACCUCGGUUGCGCCAGAAGCUACCUUGCUGCUGCGGCGAAGAUAG